UUUCUUUCCCUCUUCUCUCUCUCCCGCUUCUCAAUCAGAAAACCUAUCACUGUUAGGACUAUGAAUUUUCUCUUGGAAUAUGGAAUGAUUUUACCAACUCAUGAAACUAGUUUAUGUUGUGAUGACUGUGCAGGGAAUUUGUAAUUUCAAAUUAGAAAUCCAUCUGAAUCUCUAAUUUUACAACAUUUUUUCUUUUCUUUUCUGAAAUCAGAAAAGAAGGUUGUCUAAUUAUUGAUUUAAAUGGAAUCUGAAGAAGAAGAAGAUGAUAUUGGAGAACAAAAGCUGCUUUCCUAAGCAAUCAUCUUCAAUAAGAAUUACAGUUUUUUUCAUCAAGAAACUCCUCCAAGGGCUACAGCUGGUUUGUGAAAGAAUCAAUCUUUAAAUUAGAGAUGGCUCCAUGUGAAAAAUGCCGCCAUAAUCAGAAACGCUGUCCAGCUGAUUGUAGCUACGUCCAGUACUUCCCUGCUGGUAGAAGGGACGAUUUUGUAGCUGUUAACGUAGUUUUCGGUUCUAUUAAGUUUCUGAGUGUAGUGAACGAAGCUCCAGAACAGAACUUAGCAUCUGAGUCACUAAUUAGACAUGCAAGAGCAAGGAUAGCGGAUCGAGUAAAUGGGUUUAGUGGUACCGCUUACCAACUUAGAAACCGGGUGAAUGAGCUUCGAGCUGAGCUAACUGAAAGAGGGAUUCCCAUCGGAGGAGAUAUUAUUCCACAAAUAGAAGCAGAACAACUAGAAGCAGAACAACCAGUAGUUCACAACGGGGGACCCUGUGGGGCUUGCAGGCAUCAGAGGAAACAGUGUCCAGCAAACUGUUCUCUGCGAGCAAUCUUCACUCCUCAAAGGAAUGCCGAUCUUAAUAAUGUUCUUGCCUUGUAUGGAGUUCCUAAAUUUAAGAGUAACAUGGAUAGAGUUGACGCUGCAGAAAGACGAUUGGCAGCUGAACGAAUGAUUCAAGAGUCAAGGGCUUGGAAUGAAUUCCCAGGCAGAGGAUUUGAGGUACUCAUCAACACUCUAAAUCAGGAAGUGCAGAGACUCACAAGGACGCUGGAAUUAGCAAAGUUACCUUUUAAGAAGAGGCUUGGGGGUUAGUAUGAAACUCUUUUUAUGGAGAUGGAGACAGAUACACACAUAAAGGAUUGCAUCAAAUGGAAGUUUUCAACUCAAAUAUCCCUCUGAAGCUCAAGUUUUAUUCUCAUCUCUAGUUCCAAUGGUACAUCAGCUUCAUCAACCAAUUUUGUUGUUCCUUUACCAGAUGGUGUAUAUUUUUACUGCUUUUUUUAUUUCUUUCUGCUGCUUCUACUCAUACUCGUCUGUUGAUAAAGUUGCUUACGAGUAUUUUUUCCUUGUUUUCAUUUUCUAAAAAUUGUUUGGUAAACUAUUUUUUAAAACAAGAAAAAUCAACUAAAUCGUAUCAAAUGUAAAGAUUUGUCUAAGAGAUAGUGAUAUUAUCCAUGACUCACUUACAG